AUGUACAGCAACAAUCGUCAUCAAUAUAUAAACGCUUACGAGAGUCAAGAGGAUACUGAGUUUUUGGAUAGUUCAACUGAUGUUGCAAGUGAUGCCGAUGACGUUGCAGAUCGAAAUGACCAUCACCGACGAAGAGCUCCACUUAACAAAAAGAGAAUUGCUACAUAUGAUGCAUUAACCGAUGAACAAAAAGGGAUUCUUCGUCGUCAACUUAAAUCAUCAAGGUUCAACAAGUAUCCUCCUGAAGUACCACCGACGAAAUUAGCCAUAUUUGACUUUGAUAACACACUCUUCUUCUCACCACAGCUCAGUCCAACAAUCUGGAGUAAGCGAUUUCUUGGCCUGGUUGCUGCCGAAAGCGUCUGGGGACCAGGCUGGUGGAGAGAUGAGCGCAGUCUAGACCUGGGGCCCUUUGAAGAACUCAAGGCAAAGGCUUGGGAGGGAUACUGGAACGAGACGAUUGUAAGUAAGGCGCGGGAAUGCAUAGCGGAUCCUGAGACGAUGACAGUCAUUUUGACCGGACGACGGUAUCACCCGUUUCACAAAUAUAUACCCAUCAUGCUGGACUCCAAGGGCCUCGUCUUUGAUCUUAUCGGACUACGGCCAGAUCCUGAAUCAAUUUCAGAUGUUCAUUGGAUUGCAAACGAUUAUGGAAGAAAAGUGUUGACGUACAAUGUCGUACCAUCCGUGUUUGAGUCAACUGCACACUUCAAAGAGGGGUUUAUUGCCAACAUUUUGCAUAAGGUCAAAAGCAUUGAGAGCAUCGAGCUGUGGGAUGAUCGCGUACCUCAUGUCAAAAAUUUUAAGAUCUUUUUAAAAUCUCUUCGUCAAGACGGUGUUAUUAGAAGUAGUAAAGUACAUGGAGUGCCAGGCGUGAAGCCGGUAUACAAUCCUGAAUGGGAAGCUGGAAUAGUACUUCGCAUUAUCAAUUCACACAACUACGCACUAAAGGCAAAAUACAAUGGUGCCAGAUUUGAAUAUCGUGAUGUGGUUGAAAAUACCAUGCAAAUUGAAGAUGAUACAAAUCCCAUUUGUUUUGCCAGAAAGUACCUGACGAUCGUACCGACUGAGGAUUCAACUGGUAUAAGACUGAAGAACGAAAGCCAAGCGCGACUCAAGAGUAUGUUUGAACCUUUAUUCAAGGAGAGAAUGGAGAUCUAUUACCAAAAGCACGGCCACUUCAAAGGACAGGAGGAGCCUGUAUUCUUUGGAAAGUACUGUAUGCUUAAUGAAAGAAUAAUCAGACACACCUGCUGUGGUUUUGUGGGUUACACGUCUAGACUUCGUAUAGAUGGCAUUUCGCCUCCAGGAAAGCCUUGGCUCCUUUUAAAGGUCACUGUUCCCAAAGAUGAUCCCAGCGAAGAGCAUGGUCAUAUUCUUCCACUAUGGUAUAAACCCUCAGAUGAAAAUGUUUUUAGAAAAUUAUCCCAUCACUGGGAAAACAUCAGACAAGAAUAUCAAACUGAAGUUGAAGGAAAGAUUACCUAUGAUUAUAAGCUAAAUGUGCAGCAGGCAAGAUGGGAUACGAUAAGAAAACAAAGAAAGAAGGAAAAAGAUAGAGUGAAGGCAGUUAUAGACCAUACAUAUGACAGAGGGACCCACAAGAUGGAUCACCCACACAGUACAAAGAAUUGGAGAAAAGAUCAUCGACAGAACAAUGACCCAUACCCUAGACACCAUGGUCCUUCAAAUAAGCAUCCAUAUGAUCCAACCAACUCUCCAUAUCCAGACCAGUCUUCUUUUACAGGAAGAUGGAAGUAA